AUGCCGAGCGAGGAGCGAGCAGGGCGGUCCGAGUCCUCGGACACGGAAAGCGGGACUCGGGGUCCCGGUGCGCACUGGCAAAGUGGCUCCUGGCGCGGGUUGCCCACCUGCGCGGGAGCGCAGGAGACACAAAGGCAUAGGCCCGCCCGCAUCGCUCCUCGCGCGCGCGCCCGCAGUUCGGUCCCCCCGGGCAGCACUCCGUCCAAGUGGCCCCGAAACUGCGGAUCGGAGAGCCGGAACCCCGCCGCAGCGCGGGCCUGGCCCGCCCUGCGGCCGGCGACCUCCGGAAGGCGCGGGGCGGGGGGCCUGCACACGCCCCGCGCGCCGGCCGAGCCCCCGCGGGCGCUGACGCGUGCACGAGCGCCGCGCCGCCACCGCGGGGACGCCGGCCAUGGCUCCGGCGGGCGGCGCGGGCGUGCGCGCGCCGCUCUCGGGUCCCUCCCCGCCCCGCGGCCGGGCAUGCGCGGUGCGCGCGAGGAGCGGGCGGGCCCUUUAAGGCGGGCGCGGCGGAGCGUGCGCCGGCCCCUCCCGCGGCCCCGCCCCGACGGGAGGUGUGCGCCCGCCGCCCCGCCGUUCUUUGUGCGCUUCCCGGGGUGGAGUUGGCGGCGGAGGGAGGGCGCGCCCGGACCGGCCGGAGGGGGACGGCGAGCUGCGCCCCCUUCCGGAGCUCCCGCGGCCGCCUCCGAGCGCGAGGGAAGAAAGAAGGCUUUGGGGGCCGGGCCGGGGCUCACCGCCUGCCCGCCGGCCGCCGCCCGGUCCGCCCCCUGCGCAGCCACGGGCGCCGACGCCCCCUCGGGCCCCGCGCGCGCCCCUCUUCGUUGUUCCCGGCGCCCCCGGGCUCGCCGCGUCCCCGCGCCCGGCCGGCCGGGGGCUGCGGUUCGGCAGGGCGGCCGGGGGCUGCGGUUGGCGGAGAGCGCCGGCGUCCGCGCGGCUCGGCGGGACGCGCGCGCGGGACAAUGCGGCCAUGUGGCCGCCACCGCGGACGGGCCCACGCGGGGGGCCUGCCGGUGCCGCGGGGCGAGCUCGGGGCGCACAGGCGGAGGCUCCCGGGUGUUCUCUCCCUGCGUGAGCCCGGGAGGAGCGCGAGCGCCCGGGCCCCGGUGUGCCAUGCGUAAAAGGAGGGGGCAGGUCGUACCUGCCCCGGCCACCUCGUGGGUUCGGAGGAUUGACUGUGACAGUAGAUGCGAGCGCGCUCGGGAUCAGUGGGCAGUGCCGCAAACGCCUUUACUUUUGAGCACGGGAAGGUGUUCCUUUGUUGCUCACCUGGAGCUGUCUUGGAGAAGAGGUGCUGAUUAUUUCCUCGGGGAAAUGAGGCUUAGAAGGCGCUCAGAGUGGUUAUUUCCUCAGGAUGUUUGUGUCAGCUUCCCUGAGUCUGGGGUGUGCGUGAGACAGAGAGAGGGAGAGAGAUGGGGCAGAGGCGGUGGCAAGUCCUCUGGAGAGCCACCGCCUAGUACUCUAGUGAAUUCUUGUCUUUUUCAACCUGGUUUGUGGGCUCCCGUCCCACUCAUCUGUGGAUGAGGAGGGGGUGCCCGGAGGAAGGAGGUUCUCCGUGGAGAGGGUCCUGGCCGGGAAUGGCCUUGCUCGGGGCCUGUAAAGGCCAGGGCAGACAGGGAAAGGACUCCCAGGGCCUCGGCGUUUACAUGUUGCCAACACCACAGGCUUUUUUGCUGCCCUCUCAGCUCCGUUUCCAGGAAUUUAAUAACCUCCCGAUUGGGCCAAGUGGGGUUUCCUUUUUCAAACAACACCAUGAAAGUAAAGUUGUUCCUCAGCGUCCACUGCUAGUGAGGCCCGCACACAGGUAAAUGGGGGCUCCCCCACCCAGGGUUGCUCCUGCUGGGGGACAGGCCUGCACACAUCCUGCCCUCCUACCUGCAGUGUUAAGAUUUCAGAUCUGUACCCGGCCGUAACUGCAGGUGUUCAAUGAAAUCACACAUCUGAGCCCACUUGGAGGAUAAGCUCAAACUCUGACCCGACGAAUUCAUGGAGAGCUGCCUGUGGUCAGGUGCCCACUGGCAUUCCAUGCAGCCCGGGCCGCCCUCCGUAGACCAGAGUGCUUCAGGAACACCUAUGCAAAGAUCGGGUGGUUUUCUGAAGACGCCCACAAAAUCGAAGGGCCUCCUGAGAGUCUAGGAGGGUGAUGUUUGACAGACCCGACCCCCCAGCCGAGCUCAGCUUCAGCAUGCUGGUGGUCUCUGAGAAGAGGCUAGUAUCCAGCGUCCCACCUGCCUCAGGGGGUUGUUUGAGCCGAUGGAUAAUGACGGUGAAAGCAUCACCGUGAAAAGUCGAGAUGCCAAUCAAUUGAAAUGCAGCUGUGACCGUCUCACAACUAACUGAAUGACUAGCCAGCUUAACUUCGUGCUAAAAUGAUUUCUUCCCUACGCAUUUCGGUUCAAAAGAUAAAAAUUAUGUCAACAGAGCUAUUAAAAGUUUAGCUAAUAAUAGAAUCGUUUUUGUUAUGCUGAUAAAACAAAUCUACAGCUUUAUUUAAAUUCCACAGCUGUCAUUGUAGUAAAACGUGUACACGAGGAUACGGAGAUUCACGGACUCUAGCAAGCAAAGAAAUACGAAUGCGAGAAUGCCUUUUGGGAGGCGUGAGCACCAACCUAACAGAAGAAGUAACACAGAGGUCGUGAUGUAAAUUCCACGACUCCGAAGAAAAGAAAGAAGAUGGGGUCUCCAGCAGGAAAAGGUUAAGAAGCAUCGUUAAGUGGAAAGCGUAAAACCAAACACGACAAAGCAUACAAAAAGUAUAUAACAACCAAAUAAAACAAAUACCAACAGGUCAGUAGGAAGAGAGACAAGGAGGCUGCUCGGCCCGCUGCAAAGAGAUGGGGAGGGGUUCUCAGGGAGAACUUGACCUUGCCGAGGCCCUGGCCAUGGUCUCCGGGGCGGGACUGGCCAGUGUGAGACGGGCCAGUGGUGACCUUGGGGGGCGCACAGAUGGGUCUGUUUUAACUAUUAUACGUUCAUCUUAAUUGCAUUACAAAAUCAUAUUUAGUAUAUGAAACCUUGGAAUUCAGUGAUAUCAAGGCAAGGAGAAGCUGAAGUUGGUAUGUGUGUUUUGAAAGGAAGUCAAUCUAAGCAAAACUGUUAGGUGAAUAACAUCACGGUUGGUGCUCAGAUGUGGUAAACUCUACAGUGCAGAUGUUAUGUGAGUGAAUGAGGACUGGAG